AUGGACGACCUAUUCUCCUUCCUAGGCCCGCCUCUUGAAUCAAACGGCCACGAUCUACUUCAAGGAUUUCUUGACCAAUCCACCACCCCUUCAGCUGGCCCUGAGGUAUACCCGCCAACACCUCGAGACUCUGCACAACAAAGCCCCGGAGAAGAUAAGAGUGUCUCAAGCCUCGAGUCUUCAUAUCCUAAAGAUACACUAUCCGCAUUGUCGAGACUGAAUCACUUCCUCACCGAGUGCCAUUUGCUUCUACAAAACCAAUCUUGCCCUCCUCCAUGGCGAAUAUCGAUGCCAUACCUCAAUCUACCGAAUGACUCGAAACUCGAUGAAAACCCGGUCGGGCUACUAUUGCGAAGCACCGCGGAAUUUAUCGAUAUUGUCAGAACCUGGACCAAGUCUACGUCCAAGCAACCAACAGAAUCCGAGAAGACAAAAGACAGGGUGAGCUCAACCAAUUUCUGGCACAUGCACCCCGCAAAAUACACGCUUAACAAACCGACGAUAUUAAUGAUUAUAACGACAUAUUUGUUGUUUAUACGCAUGUUUGACGUUAUAUUCUCCCGUCUAACCUUUGCUCUUCAAGAAUUCCCCCACGAAGCUGCCAACGUUAGAUGUGAGCCCGGCCUUCAACUUGGAGGGUUCUCUCUGCCACAGGGGUUCUUGUAUAUGAAGAUCAUUAUACAAGCAUUUGAGCAUCAAUUCGAACUUAUGGAUAACGCGUUGGGCUUGCCCGCAGAAUACAGAAUUUCAGCCUGUGGUAAUCUCUCGGAAAGGCAGCACGACCCGCCUGGUGUGUUUGAAAACCCGAGAUACCGGUCUUUACUGAAGUCUGUCGUGAUAGAAGGACUGGAAGAUGAUGAUCAGGAGGAUGACACUGCAGAGCCGGAUAACCAUAACGCGGCCCUCCGGUUACGCGAGCAAUUGGCCAAAAUCAAGGAGCUUUUGCAGAACUUGUGA